GGUUUGUCAGGGUCACACUGAACGCACCAGCGGACUGCGAUCAGCUGAGCGAUCAGAGGAGCCAGUUUACGUCGCGUGGAAGGCGAGGAGAUUCGAGACGGCGAUGUUUCCGGCGUACGCGCACUUGUCGGCUUACGACAGGCACAAGAAACUCGUGAACGACUACCUGACAGUCUACGGGAAAUCUGUAUCGUCGUUCACACGAGACACGUCCCGAGACAAAACUGAUUACGAUGUCAUCAGAGAGAACCACAAGUUUCUCUGGGAGCAAGAGGACAUUCCAGACACAUGGGGUGCAAAAUUAGCUAAGAAAUACUAUGACAAAUUGUUCAAGGAGUACUGCAUAUGUGAUCUUACAUAUUACAAACAUAAUAAGGUUGCUUUGAGAUGGAGAACCGAGAAGGAAGUAAUAGUUGGAAAAGGACAGUUUGAGUGUGGCAGUAAAACGUGCAAGGAGAAAGAGAAUUUGCGUUCUUGGGAGCUUAAUUUUGGCUAUGUGGAACACGGCGAAAAGAAGAAUGCACUAGUAAAAUUAAGACUUUGCCCAGAAUGCUCGGUAAAACUCAAUUAUCGAUCACAAAAGCGGGAGGUGAAAAGGGGAAAGUCUUUGAAACGUUUAGACACAAAUUCCGAAAGUAGCAACGAUGUGGCUACUGUAUCCAGUACUCUAGAAUCAGAUAAUAGAGCGGAGAUAGAUUCCAGAUCGGCUGAAAUACAAAGCAGUGAAAAUACUGACACGAAUGAGUCGAAUAUCUGGAAAGAAAAACCAACUGAAGACGCGGAAAAGACAAGAGAGAAAGAAUUUGAGGAAUAUUUGGCAGAUUUGCUUAUGUAAACGCGAUUAGUAAUCAUAAUUUAUUUUUCAUUUGAUGUUUUAUUGUAAAUAGAUAUUGAAGAAAAUAAUUUCAUUUCUUAUGUUCGAUUUCUUGCAAGGAUGUUAGAAUGUAUGACUGUUAGUACAGUCAUAUAUAU